UUGUUUGCUGUUAUUGGAGGCAUACAAUACAACUUAUGCCUAUUCAGCUGGGUAGAGGGCUUUCUUUUCCAUUGUAUUGAGGUACUGCCCUCUGUGGACUCACUGUUGAAUUCCACCCCAGAGAUCUCAGUGAUGCCUGAUCCUAUUAGGAUAGUUUUGGUAUCACUUCAGUUCAUACAAUCCUUUGGAAUGAAUGCUGGCAUGUAAGUGCAAGUUAUUGUAUUUCAGCAACUUCAUAGUUUAGAUGAAUCCAGUCACUUUGUUUAUUACAUCAGUGUGUCUUUUUCCUAUCAGAUUUUGAUCUGGUCUUAGAGACUCAAUCUGUCAUUUUCAGAGGACUUGUACAGGAAUUUAGUUAUCACCAUCUAAAAAUUGCUAUUUGUGUUUUAUUAGGUCAUUGCAAUAGUCUAAUUGGUGAUGCUGGAUCCUUCCAUACAGUUUCUAAAAUCUUGGUUAGUUUUGGGCUUGAUUCAAACUUUUUUCAGAAAUGUUUGGUUCAGGGGGGAAAGUGAUUAUCUGAUCUGAAAGCUGCGUGCUCCCACACACACAUACUCUCUCUCUCUGUCUUAAGGGAGGAGAUAACUCGCUCUCUUAAAUGUAGUGUACACCAGGUGCAGGUUGCCUCCUCCAUUACAGAUCUGAACAUGAGCAUACAUGCAAAACACUCAGCUGGUUCAUUUCUUUCAUCACUCAUGUAAACUAUAUAAAGUCCUUCCUAGCAACUGAGUUUGCCAGCACUGUAAGUUACCAGUGUGAAAAUUUGGCUGAUCUCUCUUCAUAAAAUGUACUUUUUUUCUGUAUCUUCCCUGUGCGCAUAUAAUCAGAAAGGUUAGUAUGACCCUCCCCCCUGCUCCCCCCCAUUUCAAAGGUCACAGAGUGUUUGAGGUUUGUUUUUAGAGGCUGUUCCUGGCACCUUAUGCUCAUGCUGAACUGAGAGCGCCUGCUUGGAUCCCUGCCAUUACCUGAUUUAAAUCAGUCUGCUCAGUGUCAGAAGACUAGAGGGAGACACCAGCACAAGGAGCCACUGCUGGCAAGGGAGCUCUUUCGAAAAGAAAAAUAGACUCUAGAACGACGAAUGGAGUUCACUAACCUGGAGCCACAUGUGCCUGGGGGAAACUUUUCUCCAGUACCAAGAGACCCAGGGUGGACUAAGGUAGUGUCUCUGUUGACCGUGGGACCCAAGACCAUUGUUCCUCGGGCACGGAUGUUUCCAAGAUGGAAGAACAUUCAGAAAGCGAAGCUCAUGGAUUUCACCAGCACUGUCAUCAUCCCAUUGCUUAUUGGCAGUGUGGGUAUCUUUGGCCUCUUCAGGCUGCUGCAGCGCAUGCGAAUGCGAGCCUACCUGCAGGACGCAGUGGUGGUGAUCACAGGGGCUACGUCUGGCCUGGGGAAAGAGUGUGCCAAGGCUUUCCACAUAACUGGCUCCAAGCUCGUGCUCUGUGGCAGAAACAGCGAGAGACUCCAGGACCUGGUGCGGGAGCUUUCUGCCAUGACCAACCACCCAAAGAAUGUGCACAAACCUUACACUGUGGUCUUUGACCUGGCUGACACUAACACAGUUGUAAGUGCUGCUGAAGAGAUCUUGAAGCAUCUGGGUCACGUGGACAUACUGAUCAACAAUGCGGGCAUCAGUUACCGAGGCACGAUCCUGGACACGGGGGUGGACGUGGACAAAAAAGUGAUGGAAACCAACUACUUUGGGCCUGUUGCAUUCACAAAAGCACUUCUACCCUCCAUGAUCAAAAGAAGACAAGGCCACAUUGUGGCAAUCAGCAGUGUUCAAGGCAAAAUAAGCAUUCCUUUCAGAUCAGCAUAUGCAGCCUCUAAGCAUGCCACGCAGGCCUUUUUCGAUUGUCUACGAGCAGAGGUGGAGCAGUACGAAAUCGAUGUGACUGUUGUGAGCCCUGGCUACAUCCAGACUAAUCUCUCUCUCAAUGCCAUCACAGCAGAUGGAUCUCAGUAUGGAGUGAUGGACAAGAACACCUUGGACGGCCAAACAGCUUCAGAGGUGGCUCAAGUGGUUCUUUAUGCAGUGGGACAGAAAAAGAAGGAAGUGCUUGUUGCUGGUUUAAUGCCUUCUCUGGCUGUCUACCUGCGAACGCUCGUCCCCAAGCUCUUCUUCACCUUUAUGGCAUCUAGGGCAAGAAAGGAAAGGAAAGCAAAGGACUCAUAGAGCUUGGCUUACUCAUGCAGCAACUGUAGGCAAAAGAAGCCAACCGCUGUGACUUGGCACACGUCUGUGGAAGAGCUCAUCAGGAAGCAGAUUCUUACAGUUGCUGCAACUUGCCAUCUCAUGGAGCACUGGUAGCACCAACACACAUGCCACAGGGGGUCCCUGCUGCCAGAGACCAUUGAUUUUAGCCAAAACUCACCGUUCAAGGCAGCUCUUCAACCAGUAACUCUAAGUGCUGAGUCCUAGUGGGCAAGGAUGCUGACCAGAUGCAAAGGGCUAGAUGGCUGAGCAGAACAUUCCUGCACCUUCCCAUUUGGUUCUGCAUUAGCCAUUUAAGGAAGCUCUAGGAAGAAGUCUCCAGUACAGUAUCCAGCUUAAUGCAUGCAGGCACAACACAAGCACUGCAUAGCUAUGAAAGACAGCAGAAGCAAAGAGAGGCCACUGACUGUAAAGCCCUCUGACAUCAAUGGUGCCUGGCUCAACUGUGUGUCUUGAAUAAGUAAUAAGUCACAGUCCUUUUAGGUGCCAGGCAGCAUGCCUUGUGGUCAGCAGGGGAGAGGACCUGUACAUGCAAGCAAUGGACGCUAGUAGAGAGACCACCUUUGUCCUUACCUGGGAUCUACUGCCACCAAAUAUGCAGUGUGGAGGCGGCAUUCUGGUGGUACAUCUGCAGGGGGGACAGCACCCCCAACUACCUCUUUCCCUGUGCUUAUGGACACUUCUCCCUUUCCAACACAGGAAGGGACUCUUACACCUGGUCUCUGCCCCUGCAACCCCCUCCCUCCCCACUUCCUUCCUCCCCAGAUCAACCACUGGGUAGUAGCAAGGGCAGUCUCUACCUUAUGCUGAGUGAAAGGGGUCAGUCCAUUCAGGAUCUACCACCGGACAGGAUGAGAAGGAGCUGUCUUAUCCCUUGGAUUCCUCUUGUAAAUAAAACUGAUUACAGAAACCAAGGCCAGUGUGUCCCA